GGGGGGUUGGGGCGGAUCCGGACAUUCGUAGGUGCUAACGGAUUUUAUAGACUCUUCUAUCGUUGAUUUGACGUAGAUGAUCCAUAAUUUGACGUGGAAUGGUAAACUGCUAAGGGGGUCUGUCCUAACAUCCGCCUUUUCCUAUCUCUCCAGGGCUAUUCGCUUGUCACGAACGAUAUAAGAGCCAGUCGGCCCCGAUUAUGUUUGUUUCAUAAGUCUCGAAUAACAUUUUUUAACUGUCAUACAUAAACCGGCAUCCUGAUUAUGCUGCCCUGAUUAUGUAUUUUUUGCCCUGUUUAUAAACAGGGCAAACUGAUGUACAUAAUCCACUACUGACUGCGCAACUGAGGAGCAGCAACACAACAGAAUGAGCCACAACCCAUUUUUGAAACACAUAAAAAGGAAAAGCGAAUUUUAAUUAACACGCAAUGGUCAGUAUAAGAGCAAGCUAUCCAAACAAAAUAAAAAGCCAUGCUACUGAGCUAAAUUUAUGCAUACACCACACUGCAAGAACCAGGAAAAAGUACACAAGGGUACAUGAAUUAACGGAAAGGCAACCAUUGCCCAAUCUUUUAAAUAACCUCUCAGAUGAAGAUAUCGUUACACUCCGUUGUAAGUUUAUUAUUAGAACACCAAAUAUGGAAUCAAGGAUUCAAAGCCAUAGUUUAAACAUCAAAACAAACCCCACGUGCGCGCGGGAAAAUCAUAUCAUCAAGGAAAUUGAGUUAGUACAUAUUUGAAGCUAGUCCAUUUUUUAAAACGUUUAUUUACUUUGUGCUGGGUGCUUGUUGUUGGCUAAACUAUUUGUUGUAGUUAGUUUGUGGAAGAAUUAGUUAUGGAAACAGAAAAACAGGUGAGAAAAACUGUAUUUUCUUUAUGAAAGUUGUGUCGCCAGUCUUUUUUUCAAUGAGUGUUUUCUUGUUUGUAGAAGAAUCAAGUUCGAACGUUAUCGUGGAGAAGCUUUUAUACAAAGCCAUUAUAAGGGAAACUAGAGAAGAAUUAGGUUGCUUGAAGCAAAAUAUAAAGUCCAUCAGAGGCUUAUUUUCAAAAAUCGACUUGGACAAUAUUAAGUACAUGCUUAUACCAUACAACGACGGCGGCACACAUUGGAUUUUGACAGUUGUGGAUGUGAAAAGUGGAUCAAUCAUUGUACUCGACCCCAUGAGAACCGACUACAAUCCUAAUCUAAAAUCCCAUAGCGAUGCGGUUACAGUGGCAAUGAAAAUUCUCCAAAAGAAAUUUUGGAAAAACUUAGCCAACAUAUCGAUCAAAACAGAAGAACAUGUGAUGCAGAAAGAUGCACGCAGCUGUGGUGUAUACUAUUGCUUCUACGCGUCAAAGAUAAUGUCAGGUGGCAAGCUAACUGACAAUUGCGAUCCAUUGGGCUUUAGAAUCCAUAUAUAUAUAAGACGAUAUAUAUAUAAGACGAUUGUCGGAUGUCGGAAAUUGUAUAUAUUCCAUCUGCACGUACAUGGAAGAAUAUUCAGAAAGAACAUUCAAUGUGUCGGGCAUGUCUAAAAAAACCCAAAGACAACGAAAUUGACUGGGUGCAAUGUACACGAUGUCCGCAAUGGUAUCAUUGGAAAUGCGCUUCGUUUACGGCGGAACAAGCCGAUUUGGCAGUCAACUCCCGUUGCUGAUGACAUUUAUCUGUUAUUUCUAGUUAUUUCUAGGGACCUUACACUAUUUUUAAUAUUUUUAAAUGUUUUUUAGAUCAUCAUCAUUUUGUUGCUUAACUGAAUAUAAAUAAAAAUAAAAUAAAAUGAUCUACCAACUAUCUAGUUAAACUUUUUAAAACAAAAGAUAACACAAAAUACUUUGUUUUUUUAUAUAUAUAAACGUAUGGGAGUGUGGUGAAAAGAGAUUCGUCUUAUUAUUAUAAGAAGAAAAAAUUAACUUUAUUGUAAAAUAUUCCAAUUCCUUUUUUUUUCUGCUUUUCUUACUACACGCUACGCACCAACCUCGUCUCCAGGCCCAUUUUUCUCCUUCUGACAAUCUCGGACGGCGAGAAGAAAUGACCCUGGGCCACACUAUUCAGUUCUGCUAUCUGAUUGGUUUCUCAAGUUUCCGUUAAUUAUGAAGAUAAAUUAAUUUAUGCGUAAAAAAUUGAAUAAUAACAGAAAAACAAUAAUGGCGUCUAAGUUUAUGUGCAGUCAUGGCUCCAUUUUUUUAAAAUUUUUUUUGGACGCACGCACCGUGGGCUUGGCCAGAUGCGCUUUAGGGGCCUUAAACAAAUGCGUGCGUAGCCAACCUCGUUCCCAGGGCAAUUUUUCGCUUUUUUGAUAUCCUAAACGGCGCGAAGAAAUGACCCUGGGUCAGGCUGGUUAAAAACAGCACGAUUCGUGCUGAUUUUUUAUUUAUUCAAAAUUUGGUCAUUUUGUUAAGAAUUGCAUGCGGACCGCCGAGAACACUCUAUUGCAAUAGUUUAUGUUUUAUUUUUAAUCAGAAACAAGUUAGCUAGCUAAAGUGUUUGGAGUUUUUACUUCGAGAAAAUUUGAUUGCAGUGUUGCCUUCGCUUUUUUUGGCUACAUACAAAUUUUAAAGAUUUAUUUAUUUUAAAGUUUUCAGUCAUCUAUAGCUAGCUAGCUAGCAAAGGCCUAAGACGUACUUUGUGCAAACCAAGGUAGUUAUGAUUUUUAGCGAUCUUUAUUUUAUAUUAUGGUUGAAAGUGAAAGUACUUUUUGUUAGAUUGCCGCCAUAUUUGUUUUUGUUUGCUAGACUCUCGGUGCCGUUUAACUAGAACGGCAUUAGGACUAAAGAUGGUAGAGUUAAAAGUGUAAAAGAAGAAACACGUGUUUGUUGAUUUUAUAUAGAAGAAAAACCAUUUUCGUA